CUCUCUUGUCUGCUAUGCAAAGCGUCGGCUCGUCCACAACUACACCCGCGUUUCUUUUACUCCUUCCUCUACGUGCGCAGGAGACGGAGUCGAGUUAUCCACUUUGAAUAAACAAGGACUCAGUUCCCUUCCCGGUGUCCGCUUUCAGAUGCAUCAGUGAUGAGAGGGAUCCAGAGGACACACGGAGCCUUUUCUUCACUGUGGACCGGCGGUGCGCAAAAGUGCGCUCCGCGGCUCCGCAUCAUCUCCAUCCACUCCUGAGAUCACCGGAACCCAAGAGGCGCGCGCAGAUCCGCACCGAAAAAGCCCGUACGAGAUGUGCUUUGGACCGCUGAUGAUUUCUUCUCCUCUGGCUCAGAUUCAAUGGCUGACAAAGACUGCAUUUUCCACUGGUCUUGAUACCGCGAAGCUCAGAAAGACCAAUCUCGUUCCCAGUUAAACCACUCUCUGCUCUGCUUGCUCCGCUCUGUCGCUCUGCCAGUCUCCUCUCCUCGGCCCAUCACCAUGGCUUAUUUCCUGGCAUUUGCCUUUUUCCUGGUUCUCCAGACAUACGGCGCCCCUCCUGACUUUCUCCAAGCGGAAUUCGGGAUAACAAUGGAUCCCGUUGACCUUGACCCUGGACUAUCCGCCAACGUCUCUUCGGAUUUUCCUACGUCUCCGCCGCCGGGGACUAGCAAAAGAGCACCGCACAGCAUCAUCAUCGGAGUACGCAAAGGGGGCACGAGAGCGCUGUUGGAAAUGCUAGAUAUACACCCUGAGGUCGCUGCCGCCGCCACCGAGGUGCACUUCUUCGACUGGGAUGAGAAUUACGCCAAGGGAUUCGAGUGGUACCGUGAGCUGAUGCCCUACUCUUACCCCAACCAGAUCACAGUGGAGAAAACUCCCGGCUACUUUACAUCCGCCCUCGCCCCUGAACGCAUCUGUGCCAUGAACUCAUCCAUAAAGCUGCUACUGAUCUUGCGAGACCCAGCAGAGCGGGUCGUCUCCGAUUACACCCAGGUGUACUUUAACCGGCUAGAAAACCACAAGCCGGUGCAGGCCAUCGAGAACCUUCUUGUGCGUAACGGAGCCCUAAAUAUUCGCUAUAAGGCCAUUCAGAGGAGCCUCUACGACGUCCACAUGCGCAAUUGGCUGCGUCACUUCCCUCUGGAGCAGAUACACAUCGUAGACGGGGACGCUCUGAUCCGUGACCCCCUGCCGGAGCUUCAGAAAGUGGAACGCUUCCUCAAUUUGCCUCCCAGGAUAGUAUCCUCCAACUUCUACUUCAACCAGACCAAAGGCUUUUACUGUAUCCGAAGUGACGGCCGGGAGCGUUGUCUGCACGAGUCUAAGGGACGUCCCCACCCGGCGGUCAACAGCACCGUCCUCCAGCAGCUCCGGUCCUACCUACAGGAACACAACAGAACCUUCUUCAGGCUGGUGAAGCGUACCUUUGACUGGCAAUGAGGAAUCCGGAUCAAAAAAUACCUGACUCAAAGGAGCCUUGUCUACCUUGUCUGUGAUGAGCGCUCAAAGGGGGAAUAAAGCACUUUACAGAAAUGACAUUUCAAAUCCCCUUUGAAUUGCCUCUAAAAUAUCACUGUUGUGAUCCCUGGUUUCAGCACCGACAGUUCCGUAUUUACAUGAUAAGGCAAAAAUAUUAAAAAUUGUAACUAGAGGCGUAAGAUUAAAUGAAAGAAACUCCAAGCUUAAUAAGUCAUUCUCUCUGUGCUGGAAGCAUUUCAGUGAUCAAACUACAGCAAAAACAAGUUUAUGGGACUGAUGAACUUUUUUUUUUCUCCUCUCUCUUGUUUGAUAUUCUCGUUCUUGAUAAUAAAUUGUUCUGCUUUCAAAUGUACCGGA